UACAGAUUUUAAUAACAUGUCGGGCUCGUCGGUCAUAGUAAAAAUUUCUAAAGAAAGAUACGAGUCCAGCACCUAUAAAACAACGCCUGGUGGGAAAGGUCACCUCUGUAAACCCGUUAUAUUGGACAUCAGAAAGACCCACUUUGGUCUCUUCAGUCAUGAGCGACCCUCUGCCUCCAGGGAUGUUGAGCUUCUAACGCAGACGUUCCAAAAAUUACCGGGGUUUCACCCAGACCCGUACGUCAUUAGUGAUAAGAAUUCGGAGAAGGAAACUGAUCCUUUAUACUCCGUAGAAAAUCUGAAAAAGGAACUGAAAAACAUUGCCAGUAACGAAGAGAUAACAAAGGAUUCUGAGAUCUUUGUGUGUGUUGUGCUGGCGUUUGGGGAGUCGGGGUAUUUCUAUUUACCCAAUGAUCCAAUAAAAGGACAUGAGCCAAGUAAACAACCUCCAAAAUUCUCCGUGAAUGAUCUGCUGCUGAGCUUUAAAGGAAACCAUUGUCCACAUUUGAUCCUCAAACCAAAAGUUUUCCUGAUACAAACCUGUAACCCUAACCUUGACCAGAUAAAUAAAGCCAAUUUUGCUGCGGUCGGAGGACUGCUGCCCCAAAUACAGAGGACCCCCAUAGAAGCCGACAUACUUAUCUAUCAAUCUACUGUGUCAGGAGGAUAUACUGAUAAAAUGAAAAAAGAAACGAAGGAAGGACUAGGAGAGCACAUUGACCAUGGAGAAACUACUGAGCUAAAAGCUUCUACUGACCAUCAUCCCGCCUGUCAGUUUGUGUACGCCCUCUACAACGAGGUCAAAGCUCUUACUGACACCAAACAGGAGUUCGAACUGACCGAUCUCCUCCUCAGUGUCAAUAGUAAGCUAGAGUACUUCAUUAAGAAGGAGCAUUACAAAUCUGACGAAGAAGAUACAUCCUGGAAUAUCGAACCUCCAGAGGUCCCAGUGUGUAUAGAUCAGCUGACCAAAAAACUGGUGCUUAAUACACGAUGAAAUGUAACCUGGAAUAUCAAAAUCCCAGAAUUCCCUUUAUAUAUAGAUCAACUAACCAAGAUAUGCAUUCAACAUGUUCAAGGCACAGUGAACAAAGAUUUAUAUCCAGAGAUCUAUUGCUGUUGAUUACAUGUAAUAUGUUAUUUUUUGUGAAUGAUAUAUUUUUAUUAAAAUAUAAAUGUUAAAACCUAUUUGAGAUAUUUUUUAGGAUCUCUCAUGAUUUGUAUUUUGAUAUUUUUAUCUAAUGUGUUGUUUGUGUUUUCUUUAUCCCCGAGCCUUGGCGAAUUGAAUGAAAUAUCCAACUUCAAAUGAUGGGAUAUUCU